GUGAGUUUUCAACAAGUAGGUCGUCGAUACAAAUCGAACGGAAGAUAAAACUACAACACUCCAGAGUGUAAACUGAAAACAACGUUUAUCUUAUUUAUAUACAAUACUAUUUUUGUUCAAGUGAAUAAUCAAAAGUGAACUACUAAUAAAAUACUUUUCGGCGCGUACAAAUAUAUAUCAAACGUCAGCUUCUUCAGGCAGUAAAAGCAGAACUAUUAUACACUAAUAUUGUUUCUAAAGAAGAAGUAAACAAAAAAAAAAGAAAAAUGGAAGGCGAAUCCACAGAGUCAACACAUAAUACUAAGGUAUCCGAUUCGGCAUAUUCCAACAGUUGCAGUAACAGUCAGUCACAGCGCAGUGGCAGCUCCAAGUCGCGCCUUAGUGGUAGCCAUUCAUCGGGCAGCAGCGGCUAUGGCGGCAAACCCUCGACGCAGGCCAGCAGCAGCGACAUGGUCAUCAAGAGGAAUAAGGAAAAGUCGCGCAAGAAGAAGAAGGCCAAGUGCACACAAGCCCAGGCCACCGUCACAACAUCCCUUGAGAGCACCGAGGAGCCACAGCCGAGACCCAGUAGCGGAAGUUGUGAGCAGCUCCAGGAACUUCAGGAUACACAACAACUGUGCGAACCACCGCCAAGUGAACAGCUCAGCGAGCAAUUGCAAUUGCUCGAAACGGAGCAGAAUGGCGAGACCGCAAAUCAAUCGGAGCAGGCACAACAGCUACCCACAUCGUCGUGCCUGUCGGUCAGCACAUUGCCGGGCACAGGCAGCAUGGUGGUUGCCGGCAACGCUGCUGUCCCCGGUACUGGCAUUUGUGUAAAGUCCGACAAGACAUACGAAUCGGCGCCGGGAAAACUGGAGACGGUGGCAGCCGGUGUAGGCAAACAGCAGCACCAUGAACGCUCCAAGGAGGACAGUUUCUGUUGUGUCAUCUCCAUGCAUGAUGGCAUUGUGCUCUACACGACGCCCAGCAUUACGGAUGUGCUUGGAUUUCCGCGCGACAUGUGGCUGGGUCGUUCGUUUAUCGAUUUCGUGCAUCUCAAGGAUCGCGCCACAUUCGCCAGUCAAAUUACCACCGGCAUACCCAUUGCCGAGUCGCGGGGCAGUAUGCCAAAGGAUGCACGUAGCACAUUUUGUGUGAUGCUGCGACGCUAUCGAGGUCUUACCUCGGGAGGUUUUGGGGUCAUUGGACGUGCUGUUAACUAUGAACCCUUUCGCCUGGGUCUUACGUUCCGGGAAGCUCCAGAGGAAGCACGUCCCGACAACUAUAUGGUCUCGAAUGGCACAAAUAUGUUGCUCGUCAUCUCCGCCACGCCCAUCAAGAGUAGCUACAAAGUUCCAGAUGAAAUCCUGUCACCGAAGAGUCCCAAGUUUGCCAUUCGUCACACCGCCACCGGCAUCAUUUCGCAUGUGGAUAGUGCCUCAGUGAGCGCACUAGGUUAUUUGCCACAGGACCUCAUUGGACGGUCCAUUAUGGAUUUCUAUCACCAUGAAGAUCUCACUGCAAUGAAGGAAACCUACGAAAUGGUCAUGAAAAAAGGUCAAACAGCUGGUGCUUCUUUCUGCAGCAAACCGUAUAGGUUUCUCAUACAGAAUGGGUGUUACAUACUCCUCGAAACAGAAUGGACUAGUUUCGUCAAUCCCUGGUCACGCAAGCUGGAAUUUGUCGUCGGACAUCAUCGAGUCUUUCAGGGUCCCAAACAGUGCAAUGUAUUUGAAAUGGCACCCAAUGCGAAGCCAAAGAUAUCCGAGGAGGCACAGAGCCGCAACACACGGAUUAAAGAGGAUAUUGUCAAAUUGCUGGCGGAGACGGUGUCGCGACCAUCGGAUACCGUUAAGCAAGAGGUUUCGCGUCGCUGCCAGGCGCUUGCCAGCUUCAUGGAAACACUGAUGGAUGAGGUGACGCGGGCGGAUCUAAAGCUGGAGUUGCCGCAUGAGAACGAGCUAACCGUAUCGGAGCGUGAUAGCGUAAUGCUUGGUGAAAUAUCGCCGCAUCACGACUACUAUGACAGUAAGAGUUCCACUGAGACGCCACCCAGCUACAAUCAGCUAAACUAUAACGAGAACCUGCUGCGUUUUUUUAACAGCAAGCCUGUCACCGCCCCCGUCGAACUCGAUCCGCCCAAAGUGGAAUCCUCGUAUGUGAGCAGUGCUCGCGAGGAUGCACGCAGCACCGUCAGUCCCGUUCACGGUUUCGAGGGUAGUGGCGGCAGCGGUUCAUCCGGCAACUUCACCACCGGCAGCAAUGUGCGCAUGAGCAGUGUGACCAACACUAGCAAUGCCGGCACUGGCACCUCGGGCGGCGGCAAUUCCGCUGCCGCCAGCGGGGCCAGUGCCAAUGCACCGCCCGUUACGGUCACGCUCACCGAAUCGCUGCUCAACAAGCACAACGAUGAGAUGGAGAAAUUUAUGCUGAAGAAGCAUCGUGAGUCGCGUGGACGCACCGGCGAAAAGAACAAGAAAUCCGCCAAUGAGAAGAUGCUCGAAUAUAGCGGACCGGGACACGGUCAUGGCAUCAAGCGCGGUGGCUCGCAUUCCUGGGAGGGCGAGGCGAACAAACCCAAGCAACAGCUCACACUCAGUGGCGUCGGUGUGGGCGCCAAUGUGGGCGUGUCCGAUGGUCAUACGUUAACCAAAUGCCCAACGCCCAAUACGCCAUCGUUGGCCAGCAAUCAAUACGUUGGCAGCAGUCUCAACUGCACCCAGAACAUCAAUCUCUGGCCCCCCUUCUCGGUGGGCAUCACAACACCCUCCGCUCACACCACCCACACUGCGGUCGCCCAAAGCAGCUUCUCGCCGCAGCACAGCCUCUUCCCCGCCUUCUACUACAUCCCGGCGCCGUUGGCCAGCGCCUCUGCAAAUGCGGCAGCUGCCGCGAAUGCCGCCAAUGCUCAUGCACCGCAACGCACGCACAAAAGCUGCGAUCAGCCAAGCACCUCGCAACAAGCAGCCGCAGCAGCGGCGGCAGCUGCAGCCAUGCCGCUGCAAUACAUGGCCGGUGUGAUGUAUCCGCAUCCUUCGCUGUUCUACACGCAUCCGGCGGCAGCGGCCGCGACCGCAAUGAUGUACCAGCCGAUGCCCUUCUCGAGUGUUGGCAAUGCCCUGCAGAUGCCGGAAAGGUCGAGUGGCUCACAGUCCAACUACAACAAAACGGUGUACACGGCACAACAAGUUAUGGUCGCGCCGCUUUCGAGCAACACAAAGACUCAGGGCGCCUUUCAUUCCAUAACGCCGUCGCAGUUGCAACGUCCCGCUUCACAGGCUACGUCCGUCAAGGCGGAACCGGGAUCGAAUGUGGCGCCAUCGGAUACAUCGAAAAAAGAGGUACCCGACUCACCAAUAGCCUCGGUAACGGGCGAGGGCGACUACACAUCUGAUCAGCCUAGCAAUCCCGCCAACACCAAGAAAUACACGGACAGUAAUGGCAACAGCGAUGAUAUGGAUGGCUCCAGUUUCUCCUCGUUCUACUCGUCGUUUAUCAAGACCACGGACGGCUCGGAGAGUCCGCCCGACAACGACAAAGAGACCAAACACCGCAAAAUCAAGGCUAUUAUACCGCUAGAAAGCAAGAUUGUGGAACAUCCGGAGGAGGAUCAAACGCAGCACGGCGAUGGAUAGCGGUCGAAGCUGCAGCUGCUGCUGAAUCCAUUAUUUGCGACCAGUUACCAGCAAUUAAGCCCCCUCUCCAAGGCCUAGACAAACUUCAACCCAGCAGCACACCACGUACAUAAAGGAUUUGAUUGUUAUUCAGUUGUCCACACAAAUCACCCGACUAUUAAUUGAUGCGUAAUCUUCCAGCCGAAAUUACUAUCCAAAAAUCCACACAAUAAAAAAAAUUCAAUAAAGAACGUUGCCAGAACAGUGCCAACAAUCCAAAAA